AGAACUACCAAAGCAAAGGCUGUUUUCUUGCUUUCAUUCUUUCUGUUUUUACUUUCCUUCUUUUUAUUUUUUUUAAGAGCGAGCGGCGUUUGCGGUGGCAGUUUGGGGUGGGCGCCGCCGAGGUGAGGGGGUCUCGCCUCCCGCACGCUGGUAGAGGAAGAUGUUCCAUGAACAUUCUCAGCACUGGAAUUUGAUAUAAGAAGAAAGCUGAAAUUGACGUGUCCUUCUUAAGGAAGAUCCCUGGUUUCUGGGGAGGGGUAUGAUUAAGUGGACUGUUCCAUUAUGGAUGGAGGGGAUGACGGUAACCUUGUUAUCAAAAAGAGGUUUGUAUCUGAGGCAGAGCUAGAUGAACGGCGCAAAAGGAGACAAGAAGAAUGGGAAAAAGUUCGAAAACCUGAAGAUCCAGAAGAAUGCCCAGAGGAGGUUUAUGACCCUCGGUCUCUGUAUGAAAGGCUACAGGAACAGAAAGACAGGAAGCAGCAGGAGUAUGAAGAACAGUUCAAAUUCAAAAAUAUGGUAAGAGGCUUAGACGAAGAUGAGACCAACUUCCUUGAUGAGGUUUCUCGGCAGCAAGAACUAAUAGAAAAACAGCGAAGAGAAGAAGAACUGAAAGAACUGAAGGAAUACAGAAGUAAUCUCAACAAGGUUGGAAUUUCUUCAGAAAACAAGAAGGAAGUGGAGAAGAAAGCUGUGAAGCCCAUAGAAACCAAGAACAAGUUCUCCCAGGCAAAGCUGUUGGCAGGAGCUGUGAAGCAUAAGAGUUCAGACAGUGGAAACAGUGUGAAAAGACUGAAAUCGGACCCUGACCCAGAUGAUAAGAAUCAAGAAGCCCCGUCCUGCGUGUCUCUGGGAAGCACCUCCCUGAGCAGUCCCUCCAUCCACUGCCCGUCUGCAGCUGUCUGUAUUGGCAUCCUUCCGGGCCUGGGUGCCUACUCCGGGAGCAGCGACUCUGAAUCCAGCUCAGACAGCGAAGGCACUAUCAACGCCACGGGCAAGAUUGUCUCCUCCAUCUUCCGAACCAACACCUUCCUUGAGGCCCCCUAGCUCCUCUGUUCUCAUCGCAGGGUGCUCCUCCCCAAGAGUAGACUGGACAGUUUAUUCUGCCUACAGGCAUUACUUCCCACAGAAAACUCCUUUGCCUGCUCCUCAUGCACACCGUGACAUUUUUAACUGCAUCUAAAAAUGUGCCGAAUCCACUUGUGGCCAGACUUGUGUUUGGUUUCUCUUUCUACUCCAAUAUAGAUGCCCAAAGCUGUCCUGCAACCUCUGUCCUCACUGAUAUAGAUUUCGGCCCAGCCAAAAUUUCACCAAAAACACCCUGGGAAGAUAGGUACCAAGCAGCUUGCAAAGAGUUUGGAUUCUGUUGCCUUCUUGUUUUUUCUUUUUCCUUUUCCAACAUCAUUAAGAAACAGGGACAGUUUAUUGAACAGAUAUCAUUUAAACAUUCUAUUCUAAGUGAUUAUAAUGCAUUGUGGAGUGUGUGGCAGGUGGGGGUGGGGAGAGGAGAGCCCUACUAAUGGAACAGCGUGCAAGGCCCUGGAACUAGCUGAUUCUUGAUGUUGUGUGACUAAGUAAAGAUUCUAAACUAUGUCCAUA